CCCUCACCUCCAUCCCCACUCCUCAUCCCAUCCUCUUCCUCCUCCCUCUCAUUCCUCCUCCGUCUGCUGCUCCUUUCUCGCCCGCUCCCAUGGCUUCGGUCGAGGUGGAAACGACUACGGUUAUCGAGGUGCCGAUAGAAGCCCCCGCAGAAGCCGAAGCGCCACCAGCGCCGGCCGUCGAGGCGGUGGUCGAGACGGAAGCCGCGGCAGCACCCGUAGAAGAGCCCGAGGAAGAAGAAGCAUCCCCGGCGGCGGCAGAGGCGGAGUCUCCAGCAGAAGAAGAAGUCACUCCGGAACCCGAAGAAAAGCCCGCCGAAGAGCCUGCAGCGGCUGAGCCCGAACCAGCAGCGGCCGAGCCCACCGAAGCAGCUCAGCCGGAGGCCGAGCCGGAGGCGGCGGCAGCUCCAGCCGCGGAGGAUGCCGCUGAACCCACCGUCGAAGAUCCCAAGCCUGUGGAAGAUCCACCUGCGGCCGUGGAGGCGGAGGUGGAGGUGGAGGAGACGGCUGCGGCGGAGUAAGCACAGUGUGAAGUGGUGAAUUGCCUGUGUGUGGUUUAGUCGGAGAGGGCGUUUGUUUUGAGUAUGAGUAUGUGUGCUGGUUUAUUUUGCAUCCGUUGUUUUCUCAUUAUCAUUAUCAUUAUCAUUAUAUUCUAUUAUAUUAUAUUA